AUGUACGUGGGGUGCAGGUCCGACGGCAACGAGUUUGCAGAGCUGCUGUGGGAGAACGGGCAGGCGGUGGUCCACGGGCGGAGGAAGCAGCCGCCACAGACCUCGCUCCCGCCCUUCAACUGUGGCGCUGGCAGCAGCAGCCGGGCUCAAGAAAAGCAGCCGGGCGGCGACCCCGUCGCGCUCUUGAAGACAGGAGGCGUCUUCGGCGCCGGCGGCUUGGCCCCGUCGUUUCACGACUUCUCCUCCGGCCUAGACGCCAGCCGUGAUAACGGUGAUCUUGAUGACACCGUGCCCUGGAUCCACUACCCCAUCAUCGAGGAAGACACCGCCGAGCCUGCUCUUGCGGACAGCUACAGCCCGGAUUUCUUCUCGGAGCUCCAUGCAGCGGCAGUGGCGGCGACGAACCUCGGUUCUCUGCCACCACCUGUCCAGCACACCACCAACAACAGGAGUAACCCGGUCGCCACCACCAGCAGAGAACCAGAACCCUCAAAGGAAAUCCACCGCUUACCGAUUCCAGGUCCAGCCACCAGGCCUGAACCACAAGCCGAGUUCGCGGCCACCAAGCAGCCUCGGCUGGGCGGCGGCGGAGAGGGCUUGAUGAACUUCUCCCUCUUCUCUAGGCCGGCAGCCAUGGCUCGAGCAAGCCUGCAGAACGCGCAGAGGCCGCCACAAACAGGCACGGACAAGGUGUCCAAUGUCACCACGAGCACCCGCGUGGAAUCGACGGUUCUCCAGUCGGCCAGCGGGCCAAGAACUGCCCCUGUGUUCACGGAGCAGAGGACGGCGUGGUCACAACAGCCCAGGGAGGUGCGGUUCUCGUGCACGGCAGCGCCGACAGCUGGUAACCUGCAGCAAGAGAUGCCCCGGGACAGACUUGGCAGCAUGACUCUGCAGAAAAAGGUUGAGACCAGGAAGGCGCCUGAGGCCGCAGUCGCAACUUCGUCGGUCUGCUCCGGCAAUGGCGCUGGAACAGGAAAUGACGAGUCCUGGCGCCAACACAAGAGGAAGAGUCAAGCCGAGUGUUCUGCUAGCCAAGAUGAUGAUCUUGAAGAUGAGUCCGGUGGUAUGAGAAGAUCUGGCAGCAGAGGCACGAAGCGCAGCCGCACCGCCGAGGUGCACAAUUUGUCAGAAAGGAGGAGAAGAGACAGGAUCAAUGAGAAAAUGCGCGCCUUGCAAGAACUCAUCCCCAACUGCAACAAGAUUGACAAAGCCUCGAUGCUCGACGAAGCGAUUGAGUACCUCAAAACCCUUCAGCUUCAAGUUCAGAUGAUGUCCAUGGGAAGUGGGCUGUGCAUUCCUCCAAUGCUGCUGCCACCAACCAUGCAGCACUUGCAAAUCCCCCCAAUCGCUCAUUUUCCUCAUCUUGGCAUGGGUUUGGGGUAUGGGAUGGGUGUCUUCGACAUGAACAGCACCCCAGCGGUUCCAUUUCCGUCCAUGCCUGGUGCUCACUUUCCUUGCCCAAUGAUCCCAGGCACGCCACCACAAGGUCUUGGAAUGCCUGUCAGAAACACGGUACCAAUGUUUGGACUUCCCGGUCAAGCAAUACAUCCAUCAGCAUCUAGUGUACAGCCAUUUCCAUCUUUGGCUGGGCUUCCUGUUAGGCCAAACCUGCCCCCUCAAGUUUCAGCAGCCAUGGCUAACAUGGUGCAGGAGCAACAGCAAGACGUAGCAACUCAACAGCAGCAGAAUAUGAAUAAUGAAGCUCGACGGGGAACAAAUACAGGAGAUCCAGAAUUACAGACCAUCCCGCAGGUUGAGAACCAGCAUUUUAGUGUACCCUCUUCAGCCCAAACAGAAAGUGGUCAGUUUUUGGAUAGUGGCAACAACAGGACUGAUACUGCAGGGAGAAAUGGGCCUGAAACAUAACACCGGCAUGGAAGACUCAUGAUUUUUCAGGUCCCAACUAACAAGCUCCAGAUGUGAAAAUUAGCAAGUCAUCCUGGAACAACUUACCGUGUUUCAAGAUCCACGAAGCUGAUCUAUCACUUGACAAGAGAGCCCAAUCAAUCGAGAUGGAAUGAAUUGUUGGCACGACGUCUAGCUUUAGCGAGCUAAGAUGCUCAAAAGUUUUGUGUAAAAUAUAGAUGGUAGGUGCAACCUGGUUACAAGCUGCAAGUCUUGACAGCCACUGCAGUUUUCCUUGAGUAGUUUUUCUUGCUUCACUAAAGUCUUCUUGGACCAAUAUGUCUUAUUUUCCAAACAUAUUCUGCGAUCAUAUGCAAAGGAUCUCGGUCUCCACAUACUGGGUCUGCUUUAUGUAUAUCUCUUCCUGAGCAGAUAACAAUGAGCUAACAACUGAGCCUCAUUCUUAA